AUGCGACCGCCGGAGGCUGAUCUUCUUAACAAGGCUAUCGAACGCGGUGUUAAGGGUCUUGCGAAAGUGGUUGGCUACCACGAAGAAGUCACUAGCAUAAGCAAGUUGCGAGAAGGCCUGGUCUUCUCGACUCCGCAUAAAUUUCGUGGCGUGCCACGCAGUGCCAAUACGUCCUUCUCGCAGUCGCAACCCCCACUAAGCCACUCUUUUAGCCAGUUCCCCGGUCUUAGCAUUGCCAGCAGCGGACACAGAAAGAGGAAGUCAACGGAUUGGUCAAGCAAUGCGUCUAAGAGAUCCCGGUCGAAUAGCCAGCUGGCCAAGGCAGAUCACGUAGAAAACGGAGCAACUUACUCCGUCCAAGAACCGCAAGGUACUAGUCUUGUUCACCAAGAUCACGAUCAGACACCAUAUGCCAAUCGCAUCUUUCGCGUAUUGGCCAUCUCGCCGGCGGGACGGUCCAUUAGCCAGUUCAAGGCUGUUAUCGAGCUCCUCGAAGGCCUUCGGGACGCCAUUAAAGUGCAUCAAUCACUCUACACGGACGGGAAAAUUCUGCACCGAGAUAUUUCCGAAAACAAUAUCAUUAUCACCAACCCGGGGAAUGCUGAUGGCUUCAAGGGCAUGCUCAUCGACCUUGACUUGGCCAAGGAAGAAGGCAAAGGUCCUAGUGGGGCCCGACAUCGGACGGGCACGAUGGAAUUCAUGGCAAUUGAAGUUCUUCUAGGAAUUUCGCACACGUAUCGCCACGAUCUCGAAGCAUUCUUUUACGUUCUAAUAUGGCUUUGCGCUCGUCGAGGCUGGUCAUUAUCGAAAGCGUCAGGUCGGCGCCCGAAAAAAAGCAUGCUAUCGCGGUGGUAUACUGGAGGUUACGAGGACAUAGCGCAAAGCAAGCGUGGUGAUAUGGACAAAAAUGGGCUAGAAGUCAUUCUGAGAGAAUUUCCGGAAGUUUUCGAUGGUGUCAAACCUUUGUGCAGGGCAAUAAGAGAUGUCUUGUUCCCGCAUAAGUAUGGUCUCUUCACUGGCACUCCACAGGAUCCGAAUAUUCUGUACGAUCCAAUUAUCAAAGCAUUUGAUGAUGCUAUAGCAGAAAUUGGGCUGGGAGAGGUAAAGACGUGA